AUGCGCUUCAAAUGCGCCGUUCCCGGUGCUCAGCGGCUGCUGCUGAGCGUCACAGGCUACAGUGGCAGCUUGCGGCGAGAUGUAGAGACCAUGGCAAAGCUGAUCGGUGCAGGAUUCUCGGGGAAGCUAAACACUGCUGUAUGCACGCAUCUCGUGUGCUACGAGCUCAAAGGCAUGAAGUAUGACGUGGCACGGCGGCACCACCUCAGGAUCGUCAACCACAUGUGGCUGGAGGACUGCCUGAGGGAGUGGAGGCUGGUGCCAGAGGAGCGAUACUCCGCCAGUGGAGAGGAGGCGGAGCUGCAGCGGCUGCAGGAGGCAACAGCAGCGGCAGCAGCGGCGGUGGAGGCGCAGCUGAGAGCUGCUGCCUCGCAGGCCUCUGCCAGCACGCCCGCAACUCAACCAGAUGCUGUUGGUGCUGCUGCUGCUACAUGUGAUGUGGGUGGUGCUGCUGCUACAGCCGGUUCUGCUACAGCCGGUGCUGCUGCUGCAGGCCAUGCUACAGGUGGUGGUGCAGUGGGUGGGCGUUCAGAGCACUGCACAGCAGGUGGUGACGUUAGUGCCCGUGGUUCAAGGGAUCGUGCUGCCAACGCACAUGUAGCUGCUUCUGGUGCUGCUGUUGCUGCUGUUGUGGGAGACGGAAGGGGCACUGGGACACGUGGGGCAGUGGGUUGUGUGGGGAGGCGCGAUGGGGCAGGUGGGGCGGUGGGUUGUUGGGGAGGGACGGAAGCGGAAAGGACAGGUGGUGCAAACGCAGGGGAGAGUGGUGGGGUAAGGGUGGGGGUUAGAGAGGCGGAGGGGGGUGUGUUGAGAGGUGUGGGAAUGCAGAGUGCUGGGGCAGUGGAUGUAGGCUGUGAGGCUCGCCGGGGAAUUGCAGGGGGUAGGGAGGGGUUUGGGAAGGCAGUAGACAGGAUGGUGAGAGAACCUGGAGGUGGUUGUAUGAGGCGAGAGGAGGAAGUGGGAGAGGCGGAGGGGGGACGAGAGGGAGGUGGGGUGGGGACUAGGAAGGCAGUUGAACAAGUGGUGAGAGAACAUGGUGGUGGUUGUAUGAGGCGAGAGGAGGGAGUGGGAGAGGAGGGUAGAGGAGAGGAAUGGAGGGUGGUGGAGCGUGUGGAAGGGGAGGAUGAGGGUAAUGAGGACAUGAAGGAAGAGGGGGAGGAAGAAGAGGAAGGGGAGGAGAGAGGAGAUGAGGAAGGAGAGGAGAUGGGGGAAGCGCAAGGGGAGGAGGGAGGGGAGGAAGUGAUUUGUGGGCAAGAGGACAUGGAGGAUGCGGAAACGGAGGAGGAGAGAGAGGAGGAGGAGUGGGGAGAGGAGCGAGGGGAAGAGUGGUGUGAGAAAGGGGAUGAGGAAGAGGAGAUGGGACAGGGGGACAUGUGGCAGCGAAUAGUUGAGGUGGAAACUGGGGAGGGCAGGGAAGUGCGAGUGAGGCAUGGUGGGGAGGGCGAGGGGAGUAAGGUCGGGGAGGGUGAUGGGGGUGAAGAGGCGGAUGGUGAGGGGGGUGAAGGGGGGGAGCAGUCCCCUGAUCCACAGGGCGUUGUUGUGAACCUGAGAGGCAUCUUUGACUCUGUCAGCGACGGGACAGGCGGUUCAGCAGGUGGUGUGGCAGGUGGUGUGGCAGGUGAGCGUGCUAAAGCUGAGCGUGCUACAGCUGAGCGUGCUACAGCUGAGCGUGCUACAGCUGGAGUGGUGAGUCCACUUCAGGCAAGCGGGCAAGGAAGUGUGGCUGCUGAUGUGGCAGAUGCAGCCGGUGAUGUGGCUACCGUGGCAGCUGGCACUGGGAAUGUUCCGGCUCCAACGACCGAGAAAAUAUCGCAAGUGAAAGUUUGCCACCAGCAGCAGCAGCAGCAAGAGGAACACGAGGAGCGAGCUGCUGAAUCAGCAGCAGUACCUUCGCCAACCGAGCCGCAAUCACAGCCACUGCGCCUGAGUGACAUGCACGCGGGCAUAGGCAUGGCGGUGGAUAUGGGUGGACUGAGCUGCAGCUCCAGCCGUGCUGCUUCUGCUGCUGCUGCUGGAAAACGUGCAGAGGGGAGAGGCUGUAGCGGCAGAGGUGAGGAGAGUGUGGGGGUGCUGGUGAGCAGUGGCAAACGUGCAGGGCCCAGCAGGCAGGGUGGGAAGCUCCCAGUGAGGCGUCUCAGGGAGGAGCAGAGAGGCGGCAGUGGGGACGGUGUGGGUUGUGCUUCUCAACGUUGCAGUCCGAUAAAGAGGGGUGCAGGUAGCAGUGAGGAGAAGGCGGAUCGUCCUUCUCAACGUUCCAGUCCGGUGGAGAGGGGUGCAGGUGGCAGUGGGGAGAGGGUGGGUGGUCCUCAGGCUAGGUCGAUGCACAAGGAGGGUGGCGGCUGUGGUGAUGGCAAGGAUGCGAGGGAGGAGGUGCGAAGGGGGGAUGAGGGCGGUGGUGUGAAGGGAGGGGGGGUUGAUGAUGGGGCGAUGGGAGGGAGUAGCAGCAUGGGUGGUGCAACGGGAGGGGGGAUUGAGGAUGGCCUAGGAGGGAGGGGGGUUGAGGGUGGUGUUGUAAUGGGAGGAGGGACUGGUGAUGGUUCAAUGGGAGGGGGAAACGACAAUGGAUUAGCUGGUGUUAGGGAGGCAUGUGGUGGAGAUGAGGGGGGUAAGAGUGAGGAGGGGGACUGUGAGGGGAGGAACAGUGACGGGGGAGACAAUGAAGGUGGAAAGGUUGCUAUGUGCGAUAAGGAUGGUGACAAGCCUGUGUGCCAUGAUGAUGAUGAAACGGAUGGUAGUGGUAGCGAGGAUGGGGUUAAUGCUGGCGGAGGGAAAGAAAACGAGGCUGCUUGUAAGGGGGAUGAGGAUGAGGAUGGGCCGGUCGUCUCCUCUCUUCCUGAUUGGCUGCAGGGCGAUGUGGUCAUUGGCCACGUGGCACCCUCCCCAUUGGUCAAAACGUUCCACAGGAGAAAGCCGGCCCUGGGCAAGGAGAACGUUGAGAAGGAGAAUGUUGCAACGACGAAUCUUGAGAAGGAGGUAUGUGGGGAGCGGUUGGUGACGGUGGGGAGCAGUGACAAGGGGAAGAAGGGGGGGCGAGAAGGGAGGAGAGGGGGAGGCAGGGGACGGGGCAGAGGUGCUGAGAGGAAGAAGGAUGGGCCGCUGUCAAUGACUGUAGAGGGCGGAGAGAAGGAGGGGCCAGAGGAGAGUCUAGGGAAGAGGGGGCGUGAGGAGAGGGAUGGGGGCAGGAAGAAGCGGAAGGGGAGUGAGCGACAAGAGAUGAAGAGGCGGAGGGAUGAGGAGGGGGUGAAGGGGAGUGAGGAGGAAAAAGGGGAGGUUCAGGUGGGUGGCAUGGAUGAAGGGGCUAGAUGCGGUGGAGAGGGAUGGGGGGAGGUGGAGGGCGGUGUUGCAGGUGGGGAAGAGAAGGUGCAUAGGAUUGGUGAGGACAGGGAGAGGGCAAGGGAGCUGAGAACGAAACGCCGUGAAGAUCCCUUGAGAGAUGGGAAGCAGCGGGAAGAGGAGAGAGCGGCACGAAGGAUGGCGUGUGCAGUGGACGAGGUGGGGGGAGCAGCUGGGAGAGAGCUGCGGCAGCAGGAGGAGGAGGAGGAAGAGGAGGAGCAGGGGGGUGGGAGAGAGCAGCAGAAGCAGCAACAAGGGGACAUAGACGGUGAAGGGAGCGAGGGCGGAUGGGAGGAAGAAUGUGAGAGAGAGCAGCAGCAACAGCAGCAGCAGCGGAGGGUUUUGAAGCGCCUCAAACUGGUAAGGCAGCAGCAAGAGGCGAAUGGAGAUGCAGAGGGGAGGGAGGGCAAGCGAGAAGAGGUGAAGGGGAAAGGCAGGGCCAGUAGAGGCAAGGCAGAUGUUGCUGCUGCUGCUAUUGCUGCUUCUGCUGCUGCUGCUGCAAAGCGGAGGAAAAAUGAAUCUGGGGCGGCUGGAGAGUCGCGGGGUGGGAAGAAGAAGUGUGUUGAGAGAGGCAAGGGUGCAGGAGGAGGGGAGAGGAGGGGACAAAGAGGCACAGGAAUCGGGUGUCAAGCGAGGAGGCGUGGAGGUGCUGACGAUGAGGAAGGUGUGGGGGAAGAAAUUGGUGAGGUGGUAGGUGUUGAGGGAGAGAGUGAGAAUGAUGUUGUGGUGGUUGGUGCAGAGGAGAGUGAUGAUGAGGCUGUGAUGGUGCAUGGGGAUGUGGAGGACAAGGAGGCGGAUAUGAAUUCACGCAAAAACGCACCUGCUGCUCCUGCUGUUAAGGGGACUGAUCCAAUAAGCAGCUCCAGCCCCAGUGGCAGCGGUGGUGGUGCUGCUGGUGGUGGUGCUGGUGCUGGUGGCAGCAUUGGUGGUCGUGCCAGCAGCAAGAGCUGCAGCCAGGCAGACGGGCAGAAACGAGACGCUGUGGCAGCAACCAAAGGGGGGGACGAGCAGGGCGAGGCAGAGGGCAGUGGAGACAAGGGAGGUGCGGAGAUGAGCAUGUGGGGGGGCGGCGAGCGGUGGUUCCUGCUGGGGGGGUCAUCACGCAGUGAGGGGCAGCUGAGGGCCAUUGUCACUAAGCUGGGCGGCCGCGUGUGUGGCGAGGCAGGGAGCGCUGCUGCUGAUGCUGCCGCUGGUGGUGGAGCUGGUGGUAAGGGUGGCAAGGGCGGGAAGGGGGGGCGGAAGGGCGAGAGGGGGGAGGGAGCGGAGCUGCAGUGGCACCCCAAGGCCACGCAUGUCAUCCUGCCCCCGCCCCUCAAGCGCACUGAGAAGCUCAUUGCUGCUCUGGCUGCUGGCCGGUGGGUGCUCAAACCCGACUACCUCACAGCGAGCGCCACAGCAGCCCAUUUCCUCCCAAAGGGCCCGUGGGUGCUCACACCAGACUACCUCACAGUCAGCACAGCAGUGUGUCGUUUCCCUCACUGGGACAGGUGGGUGCUCACACCAGAUUACCUCACAGCGAGUGCCACAGCGGGCCACUUCCUCCCCGAGGGCGCGUUUGAGUGGCGGGGCGGGGGCAGCAACAGGGACGGGACGGUGGAGCUCGCAGCGCCUGGCAAAUGGCGACAGCAGUGCAUCAGGAAUGGGGGGAGAGGGGCGUUUCAUGGGGUGCGGGUGCUGCUGGCGCCUCCUUCUGACAGCCCUACUUCCAUGGUACGUGCAUCAAAGGGAAAGGCUUCUGGUUCGCAAGUGGCUGCGGUACAGGGGGGGGUAGGGGAAGGGGGCGUCCUAGAGUGGCCAUUUGUGAGUGGCGGGGCGGGGGCAGCAACAGGGACGGGACGGUGGAGCUGGCAGCGCCUGGCAAGUGGCGACAGCAGUGCAGCAGGAAUGGGGGGAGAGGGGCGUUUCACGGGGCACGGGUGCUGCUGGCGCCUCCCCAAGAUGGCCCUUCCUCUAUGGACGUGCUGCACCGCAUUCUCACAGCAGGGGGGCAACUGUAAUGCGAAUGCGGCUGAUAUCCUCUGUCCUCUCCCUCUCCCCCCUCCGCACACAACAAAACACAUACAGGACGUGCUGCACCGCAUUCUCACAGCAGGGGGGGCGGACGUGGCUCGAGCCUCAGAGCCCUGUGUGGCGGCGGCUCUCGCGCCGCAGUUUGACUUCAUUGUGCUCAAGCCAGAGCCCUGUGUGGCGGCGGCUCUCGCCCCGCACUUCGACUUUGUUGUGCUCAAACCAGAGACGUCUGAAAGAGACCCUGUGGCCCGCCGCCUGCUGGCCCCCUCGCGCCACAACUCCCCCGCGGUCGUCUCCCCCGACUGGUUCAUCGCCCUCCUCGCCCGCCCCUCCUCCAUGCGCGUCUCCCCACUGCCCCACGUGCUAUUUGACACCGAGCCAGCUGUCGUCGCCUCAUUGGCCGACGUUCACAGCAGGCAGAGGGGAUUGAGGGUACCAGUGAAGCAGCAGGAGGAUGUGGAGGAGAAGGAGGAAGGGGAGGAGGGGAAAGAAGAGGGGGAGGAGGAGGAAGAAGACGAGGGGGUGGAGGAGGGGCAGGAGGAGGGGAAGGAGGAGAAGGAAGAAGAAGAGGAAGCUGUUGCUGACGAAGAAAGGGCAAUUGGGAAAAGAGAAAAGCGCUUAUCUUUCGAGAACUCGCUUCACACAGUCAAUGCGGGUCACAGCAAUGGCACUGUUGACGGUGAUGAAGCUGGUGCUGAUUUUGAUGCGCAUGCUGAUUGUGAUGCUGACACAGAUAGUGAGAAAGAUGAUGAUGAUGAGAGUGGUGGCUGGGCGGCCACGGCGCAUGUGCGUCUGGGUGAGAGCAUUGGCCUCUCCAGCUUCACAGAGGAAUCACAGGACGUUGGCGGUGGUAUGGCUGCUGCCCUUGCUACUGGCGCUGGUCGGAAAAUGAGUGCGGCUGGUGGUGCGGCUGCUGCCGGUGGUGGUGUGGCUGGUGGGUUGCGUAAGGGAAAGGCAACGGCUGGUGGUGGAAGGAAUACAGGGAUCCUUGAUAACCUGCCAGCAGCCAUGGUCAGGAUGCGCGCGGAGGAAGGUGGUGAGUCCAUCAAGACUUAUGAGCGUGGAUUUCCUGUGGGCUUUAAGGCUCCUUCCGAAACGAAUGGGCCGGAUGAGUAUUUCUUGCACAACCACCUGCGGUUCACUGUGCUGUUCCACAAAGACCCCACGAAUAAUCUGGCUCGCGUCGUCGGUUUCGAAGUCGAACCAUUUAGUGUGAAGCACCAGUACGAGGGUACCUACAACCCGGCGAAGCCUAUCCUCACGACCUGCAACCCAGGGAACCCGACGCAGCAUGUGGAUAGCGGCAUGCCACCGCAGCCGAUCAAGGAGAACGAGGAGGUCAUCUUCACCUACGAUGUGAUGUUCAAGCCGAGCAACGUGAAGUGGGCGUCUCGCUGGGACACGUACCUUCUCAUGACGGACGACCAGAUCCACUGGUUCUCCAUCAUCAACUCUCUCAUGAUCGUGCUCUUCCUCUCGGGCAUGGUUGCCAUGAUCAUGAUGCGCACUCUGCACCGCGACAUCUCCCAGUACAAUCAGCUGGAGACUCAGGAGGAGGCACAGGAGGAGACUGGUUGGAAGCUGGUCCAUGGUGAUGUGUUCCGCCCGCCCAACUAUGCCGGCCUGCUCUGCGUGUAUGUCGGCACCGGUGUGCAGCUGUUCUUCAUGACCCUUGUCACGAUGGUGUUCGCGCUUCUCGGAUUCCUCUCCCCGUCCAACCGCGGUGGGCUUAUGACUGCCAUGCUUCUGCUCUGGGUCUUCAUGGGUCUCUUGGCUGGAUACUCGUCCGCCCGCCUCUACAAGGCCUUUAAGGGCACUGACUGGAAGCUGAACACCAUUCGCACUGCAGUCACCUACCCUGUUGUUGUCUUCGUCAUCUUCUUCAUCCUUAACAUCCUGAUCUGGAAGGAGAAGUCAUCUGGAGCCGUCCCCUUCGGCACCAUGUUCGCUCUCUUCUUCCUCUGGUUCGGCAUCUCUGUGCCUCUAGUCCUUCUGGGAAGCUACUUCGGCUUCAAGAAGCCAGCUAUUGAGGAUCCUGUCCGCACGAACAAGAUCCCGCGACAGAUCCCCGAGCAGGCGUGGUACAUGCACCCCGUGUUCUCCAUCCUCAUUGGAGGCAUUCUGCCCUUCGGUGCAGUGUUCAUCGAGCUCUUCUUCAUCCUCACCUCCAUGUGGCUGCAGCAGUUCUACUACAUCUUCGGUUUCCUCUUCAUCGUCUUCGUCAUCCUCAUCAUCACGUGCGCAGAGAUCACCAUUGUGCUCUGCUACUUCCAGCUGUGCAGUGAGGACUAUCGCUGGUGGUGGAGAGCGUAUCUGACCUCUGGUUCAUCGGCUCUUUACCUCUUCCUCUAUGCGACCUUCUACUUCUUCACCAAGCUGGAGAUCACCAAGCUCGUGUCAGCUAUCCUUUACUUCGGCUACAUGGUCAUCAUCUCCUACAGCUUCUUCAUUCUCACAGGGACCAUUGGGUUCUAUGCUUGCUACUGGUUUGUGCGCCUGAUCUAUGCAUCGGUCAAGAUUGAUUGA